UCUUCGUCUCGCUGCAUAUGAUGUGAGCACGUAGUCUUCUGUUAUCCUCUUCAAUGCACUCAAUCCGCCCCCAGUGGGCGUCGCGGCUGCGCGUCGGAAAGGCCCUGUCUAGCACAGGAGCUCCGAUCUCAACCCGCACCCAGGCCCUGCAGACCAAUGGCAAGUUUGCUCGAGUAAAUCAGUUUUUCCCUGCUGUCCAUGCGUCACGGCAUAGUAGCAGCGCAGCCUCUCCGGAAAGAGCCUUCCAGGAGCGUCUGCAGGCGGUCCAGGCCACCUUUCCAGAGGCAUACCCUCGGUUUGAGACCAGUGAACACACGGUCAGCUGCGCGGAAUUCCGUGAGCGCUACGACCACCUAGUCGAAAAUGAAGUAGAGGCACACACGGUUGUCGUCAAUGGUAGGGUACGUACCUAUAGACUGGCCGGCAACAAGUUGAUCUUCUUCGACAUGUUCCACAGUGGUCAUAAACUGCAAGUCAUGUGCAAUAUCAGUCAAUUGGAAGGGGUGACUCCCGAGCACUUCAAGAAGUUUUACCGGCUGCUUCGCCGUGGCGAUGCCUUCUCCGUAACCGGUAGACCGCAUCGCACUGCACGAGGCGAACUCACAGUCCUGGCGACUCAGUUGCCUCAACUCCUCUCGCCGUGUCUGCACGAUGUUCCUCUGGACGCCCAUACGCACGAGACCUCCCCAUACCCUCGUCAUGUCCAGUUUCUGGCAGACUCGAGGACGGCCGACACCAUCCGCGCUCGGUCGGCUAUUAUCCAAUAUCUUCGCCAGUUCUUCCUUGACCGAAAGUUCAUGGAGGUCAACACCCCGAUUCUUGAGGCGGUAGCCGGCGGUGCGAUCGCUCGCCCGUUCCAUACGUCUGCCACCGAGUUUCCUGACCGUCAGCUGUCUCUGCGCAUUGCGCCGGAACUCUGGCUGAAGCGAUUGGUCAUUGGAGGAUUCGAUAAGGUGUUUGAGAUUGGGCCCUCUUUCCGCAACGAAGGACUGGAUAAAACACACAACCCGGAGUUCACCACCUGCGAAUUCUACCACACGUAUGCCAACCUGGACGACCUGAUCUCGAUCACGGAGAAGCUCCUAUCGGGAUUGUCGGAGCAUAUCCACGCGCUGAACACAAACAACACGCUCACUCCCACGGAGGUUAACUUCACGGCGCCUUUCCGUCGCAUCGACUUCAUCACGGGCAUCGAGGCAGCCAUUGGCCGCAAGCUCCCUGAUCUUACGGGUGCGGACGCCUUAGCGCAAGUCAAGGCAUUGUAUCGGGAUCUCUCGCUCCCCGAACCCUCGAACCCGACCCUGCCGCGCUUACUGGAUGGACUGUGUAGUGAGUACCUCGAGCCGCAGUGCAUCGACCCGACCUUCAUCAUCAAUCCGCCUGAAUGCCUGUCUCCGUUGUCCAAGUCGUUCGUUCACCCGAUGACGGGUCACCGUGUUGGGGCGCGCGCUGAGCUGUUCGUCGAGGGCCGGGAGGUUGUGAACACCUACGAGGAGGAGAACUCUCCGUUUGAGCAACGACGCAAGUUUGAAGACCAGGUGCGCUUCAGCAAGGAGGCGAACGAGACCGAGGAGAUUGAUGAGAGCUACCUCGAGGCGCUGGAAUGGGGGCUGCCAUCGACGGGGGGCUGGGGCUGUGGGAUUGACCGGCUGUGCAUGUUGUUCACGGGGGCGAAGAAGAUUGGGGAUGUGCUUCCAUUUGGCAGUCUCCGGCAAGUGACUCGCCCUGUCGAGAAGAGUGAGAAGUGAGUGAGGAGCUGCAUGUUAGGCCGGCUGUACUCUGCUACAUGUAUACCAUUCGCGC